AUGGAUGGAUUUCUCUAUUGCUCUGUGAACGCCAGCAAGGCCACUCUGGACCGGAAAGGAAGACCCGACAUGGUCUGCCGUUGGUGUACGUUGGAAGGUGGAUUUCUUAGUUACUAUGACAAUGAGAAGAACGCUUCACCCAUAGGCCGAGUUGACAUUAGUGACGUGGUGAGCCUGGCCAUCAACAACACUGAGAUCAUCACCGAAACAGGGCCAGUGUUCACCUUUGAGCUGUACCUGCGCUCUCAGAGAGUGCUGGUGUUUGGAGCAGAGACCUCAGAUGCACACCAGGAUUGGACACAUGCCAUCGCCAAGUGUUUUGUCCCUGCAAGGGCAGAUGCUCUACUGAGGCAGGACAGUGAGCUUAUUGGCCGACUGCACUAUAAAGAGGGGCAUGACCUUUAUCAUUGGCGAAUGGGAUGGUUUGCUCUGGUGGCCUCAGAACUCUACUUCUGUUCUGGAGAUGAAGAUGAAGAGGAGGGAGUUCUUCAACUCAAACGCCUACAGGAGCUUACUGUGUCCACUCAUAUGGAGGGUGAUGGGAAGAUUCAGGUCUUACUCAUGGUCGAGAGUGGGAGGUACAGUUCACUAGACGCCUUACACCAUAAUGCAACAUAA